AUGGCCGUGAAGGCCCAGUUCCUCCUCUUGAUCGCGCUCUUGGCGCAAUGUGCUUUUGCUGACGUCCUCCCUCCCGACGAGUGUGAAGCCGAAGACCAGGGCAGCUGUAGUUUGGGCCUCCUGCAGAGCCGGGCAGCGGCGAUUCCAAGCCUCCCUUGCGCUGCGGGGCAAUCGCGGCCCAGUUCCGGGCAUCCCUGCUUUCCUUGUGUGGCGGGCACCUACGGCAAGGAUGGCCUAGACUGCCGUGCUUGCCGUGCCGGCUCUUUCAGCUGGCAGCGUGGUGCCACCUCCGCAGAAACCUGUGAGACGUGCCCUGCCGGGACCUGGAGCAGCCAGGUGGGGGCCACAUCGGCCAACGCUUGCAUGGCCUGUCCCAUGGGGCGAUGGAGCAAC